AUGGGGUGUCGCGUGUGCCGGGCGAGAAAGGUCAAAUGCGACGGACGGCCCAACGGCUGCCGCAACUGCGAGCGCCUCGAGCUCGACUGUCUCGGCGGCGCCGCUGAGGGCGCGGCCGUGUCGUCGUCGUCGCCGCGCAAGAUCCGCACCUACCGCUCGUGCCAGAGCUGUCGCCUCAGCAAGACCAAAUGCAACGGCGUGCGCCCCUGCUGUGCCCGGUGCGCCGCCAAGGGCCUCGACUGCCUCUACGACGGCGGCUCGGCCCCGCGCUGGACCAGCAGCCUGACGACGGGCUCCCUCUCGCCCGACCACCGUGAUGCCGACGACGCCGACGACGGCGGCGACCCUGCCGCCCUGCCCAAGCUCGUCCCGCCCCGGCGCCACAGCUCCCCCGACCCCACGACCCCGGCCGACCGGAGGAAGCGGAUGCGCGGGCCGGACCACGACGACGUCGAAGCCGCCAUGGCCGGCUCGCAUCCACUCACGUGGCUGUUGUCCCCCGAGCUUCCGGCUGCUCGCAACCUGCGCCGCGUCGUCGAGCAGUACUUUGCCAACGUCCAUCCCCUGCGCUGCUUCGCCUUUGUCCACAAGCCGUCCUUUAUGCGCCAGCUCGACCGGGGCCUUGGCUCCGACGACGAGUCGGCGCUGCUGCACGUCAUCUGUGCCCACGGCGCCAGAUUCCUCGUCCUCGGCAGCUGCCUCCAGGGCGACCUGACCCCUCCCCCGGCCGUCCUGCGCACCGCCGGCAACCAGUGGGCCAAGCGCGCCGAGUACCUGAUGCUCGCAAACUUUGGCAAGAUAUCCGUCCAGAGACUCAUGACGGCCAUCCUCCUCCACGACUUCCACUUCCGCCUCGGCGAGUACGGUCAGGCGCUCAUGCUCAGCGGCCUGGCCGUCCGCAUGGCCCACGCCCUCAAGAUCAACACCGAGUGGAGCCCGGACGUGCUGUGCGCCGACGACGGCGACGACGCCGCGCCCUCAGUCGCCUCGCGCGAGAGCCGCCGCCGCCUCAUGUGGGCCUGCUACGUCCUCGACGCCUGGGCCGGCAGCGGCGUCGAGCAGCUCACCCUGCUGCGCGAGAACGACAUCAAGAUCCAGCUGCCCUGCAACGAGCGCAACUUUGGCCUCCGCAUCCCCUCCAUCACCGAGACCCUCGCCGUCGGACACGUCCUGCAGUUCCUGCCCCCCGCCAUUGUGCCCCGCCGGCCCGCCGCCAACAUGGGCAUCAUGGCCUAUUACAUUCGCGUCGUGGCCCUGUGGAAGAAGAUUGUCCGAUACGUCAACCACCUCCCCCCCAACACUCCGCCCUGGCAGCCAGACUCUCCCUUUGCCGCCCUCGACGCCGACCUGCAUCACUGGCGCAGGGAACUUCCCGACUUUGUCGAGUACUCGGCCGAGACCAUCUAUGCCCGCCUCGACUCAAACCAGUUUGGUGCCCUGGUGCUGAUACAUUGCACCUACCACCACAACUACCUCGAGCUCUACAAGCUCACCAUGCCCGACCUCUUCAAGCUGGCCAAGCCCCUCGUCUUCCCGCCCGAGCAUCGCGACUUUCUGCAAACCGCGCAGGCGAACUGCUACUAUCACGCCCGCCGCAUCACCGACAUCUUGGCCGACGCCGCCGAGCACGGCGCGCGCUUCCUGUCGGAUAGCUUGCUGCCCUUUUUCGUCUACGAUAGCAGCCGCGUCAUGCUGUACUACGUCGCACGGCUCCUCGACCCCAACUGGACGGAUGCCGAGACCAAGAUGAGGGACGCCAUCAAGGCUGUCGAGAACAACAGCCGUGUCCUGCGGCUGAUGUCUACCCUCUUUCCCAUUGCGCAGUCCCUGUCGGUCACGAUUGAACGGUGGCUCUUCAAGGUACAGCAAACCGUCAGCCAAGACGAGCUGGUGAGCAGCUUGCAAUCGGAGCACCGGCUGGACGCGCACCGGUCUGAAAUACUGAACGGAGCACGGGCCAGCCCGCCGCGGGACUCCUCCGAGUAUCUGCUGCCACCGCUCUCCCUAGCUGCCCUGAGUGGCGGCGGCGGCGGCGGCGGCGGCGGCGGCGCAGACGAACACGGCGAGAAGCGACCGGGCGACGAGUCCCCCGGAGCCAGCACCGCCGGCUGGAGCACCGUCAACCCCAACGCGGGCAACGGCGGCCCGGCCUCGUGGGAUGGAACCAGCCUGGCGGCCCACCAGCUCAUGGGCCUCAGCCAAGAGGUGCCGCCCGCUCGAUCCGGCCUGCAGCACGAGCGUCCUGUGUCGAUGCAGCUGCUCCCGCGGGGCGUGGCGGCGGCGGCGGCGGUGGCGGCGGCGCAGCAGCAGCAGCUGCCCAUGUGCGAGAGGCUGGAUCUGGACGACCUGCAGAACUUUCUGAGCUGGGACAUGUACGGCAUCAUGGAGAUGGGGGGCGGCGUGUCCAACAAUGACAUGGACGACUCGGUGUCGCAGUCUUGGACGGGCGCGAUAUGA